AUGUAUAUGCCUCAAUCCCCAGCCGCAGAUACGAACGGCUAUGCCGCCAAGAUACCGUGUAUGAUGAGGAAAAGCACAGAGGAUCUGAGACACCAGGAAAUCACGUCAACGGGUCUGGGAGCGGCCCGGGCCACACGGAUAUGA